AUGAAGCGCAAGGCCGAUUCCUCCUCCGCCGGCGGCCGGCACCCCGUCAAGAGGCGGUCCAAGUCUAACCUCACCGCCGAGGAGGCAAAGCAGAGGUUCCGCAAGGGCCUCUUCGACAAGUCCGUCCUCGACCAAUACACCAAGCAAUACGCCACCUCCGGACCCUACAAGCAUGCCGUCAUCAACAAGCUCGUCGACGACUCCCUCCUCCGCAACGUCCGCGGCGAGAUCCGCGACAACGUCUCCUUCACCCCCAAGGAGACCGACAUCUACAAGAUCCACCAAUCCGGCGACCUCGCCAACCUCGACGGCCUCGACGACGAGGCCCUAGCCAAGCUGCCCUCCCUCCUCGCCCUCCGCGAUGCCAUCUACUCCGAGACCUUCCGCAAUUACGUCUCCCACAUCACGGGAUGCGGGCCCCUGAGCGGACGUAAGACCGACAUGGCCAUCAACGUUUACACGCCGGGCUGCUUCCUCCUCUGCCACGACGACGUCAUUGGUAGUCGCAAGGUCAGCUAUAUUCUCUACCUGACCGACCCGGAUAAGCCGUGGAAGCCCGAAUGGGGCGGCGCGCUCCGUCUGUUCCCUAUGAAGGAGACGAAGGGCGCCGACGGCCAAGUCGCCAAGACUACCCUCCCCGACGUCACCAAGAUCAUCCCUCCCGCGUGGAACCAGCUCAGCUUCUUCGCCGUCCAGCCCGGCGAGAGCUUCCACGACGUCGAGGAAGUCUACCACGCCGAGACGAAGAAGCAGCUCGAGGCCGACGGCGGCCGCAUCCGCAUGGCCAUCAGCGGCUGGUUCCACAUCCCCCAGAUCGGCGAGGACGGCUACGUCGAGGGCGCCGAGGAAGAACAGGUCAAGAACAGCGGCCUGAUGCAGCUCCAGGGCAACCCGGACCAGUACGAUCGCCCGCUGCCCCAGCCCGUCUCCGUCUCGGCGGCGGAGAAGGCCCGCGGAGCUUCGGCGGCGGCGGAUUUCGAUGAGGCGGAUUUGGAGUUCUUGCUCAAGUAUAUCUCGCCGACGUAUCUUACGCCCGAUACGCUGGAGCAGAUUGCCGAGCACUUUGAUGAGAUGUCGAGUAUUACGCUGCCGAGCAUUCUUGGGCAGAAGUUUAGCGCUCGUCUACGGGAGUACGUCGAGGCGCAGGAGAAGCUGGCGCUGCCUGAGGAUAGCGCCGUGAUUGAGAAGAAGACGCCGUGGAAGGUCGCCCGCCCGCCGCAUAAGCACAGGUACCUCUACCAGCAGCCCACGGGACCCGACGAGCUCAGGACGUCCCAGGAGGAGUCGCCCAUUACGGAGCUUCUCGACGUUUUCCUCCCUAGCCGUCAGUUCCGCCAGUGGCUCCAGCUCGCUACGAAUUGCACGAUCGAGGACCAUGACCUCAUCGCGCGGCGCUUCAGGCGCGGCCUGGACUAUACCCUGGCGACCGGCCACGAAGGCAAGCCCCGUCUCGAACUAAACCUUGGAUUUACACCCACACCCGGUUGGGGCGCCGAUGAAGAUGAAGAUGAAGACGAAGAGGAAGAAGAAGAAGAAGCCCCCUCCAGCGCCAAGAAAUCCAAUGGCUCAAGCUCCAAAUCCAACGGUGCCUCAUCUAAAUCCAAAUCCAAGGGCAAAGGUAAAGAAGCCGCCAAACCCACCCCCGCGGCAACCGCGGACGAAGACGUCGGCGGCCACGAGGUCUACAUGGCCGGCGACGACGACCGCGACCAAGACGCCGCCAUCUACAAGACGGCGGGCGAGAACGAUGAGGACGACGACAACAUCCUCUUCUUCCAGCCCGCGGCGUGGAAUACGCUUACCAUUGUGCUGAGGGAUAGCGGCGCGCUAAAGUUCGUCAAGUAUGUGAGCCGUUCAGCCAAGGGCGAUCGGUGGGAUGUUUCGGGGACGUAUGAGGUUGAGGAGCAGGAUGGGGAGGGGAAGAGUGGGGAGGAGGAGAGUAGUGAGGAGGAGUUUAAUGGGUUUUCAGACUCUCAUGAUAGUGAUUCGGAUUGA